AGUUUUGGAAUCUACAAUUAUUAAAUAUCUUGAUAUUUAAAUCCUAAUGCCUUUUACAAAUAGUCCCUGCUGUACUCUUCUUCCUGUACUUUCAGAUUAUACACCAAAAGGUUUUAUGACAAAGGUUUCUAACCUUGAUGCAUAUGUAAUUGGUAACAAUAAAAAACGCACAUUAGUAUGUGUUUAUGAUAUUUUUGGGUUUUGGCCUCAAACAAAGCAAUGCGUAGAUUUACUUAGUUCUGGGCUUGAUGCAAGAAUCAUUAUGCCUGAUUUUUUCAAAAAAAAACCUUAUCCAAUUGAUAGAUUUCCUCCUGAUACCCCAGAAAAAAGAAAAGAAUUUAGUGACUUUAUUUCAGGACCUGCUGAUCCGGAAAAAAAUCUAGAAGUACUUGGUUCUAUUAUUAAAGAGGUUAAACAAGAUGAAACAGAAUCCCUUGGUGUUUUGGGAUUUUGUUGGGGAGGUAAACUUUCAGUUCUUGGCGGAGGACACUUUGGAGAUGAAUUGAAAUCUGUUGCUAUGAUUCAUCCUGCAAUGGUUGAUCCUAAAGAUGCUGCUAAUUUAAAAGUACCAGUAUGUAGUCUUUUAAGCAAAGAUGAACCUGUAGAUCAAUGCAAUGAAUUUGAAAAGAUCGUUAAAACAAAAUCCUUUGCAGAUGCUUGUAUUUUUAAAACUUUUGACACUAUGCAUCAUGGAUUCAUGGCUGCUCGUUCAGAUUUAACAAAUAGUGAAAAUGUUGCAAAUUUUCGCGAAGGAGUUAAAGUUCUUAUUAAUUUCUUUAAAAAUACUUUAUAAAAUCUACAUCUACAUCUACAUCUACAUAUUUAUAUUUAUUUUAUUU